AUGAAUAAUGAAAAUGAUAAAGGAUUACUUACCAUACUUACAAUGAAUUGUCGUAGUUUGCGAAGUGAAGCUAAACGAAACAUGCUCCAGACAAUAAUUGAAACACAUGAACCACACAUAGUUCAUCUGCAAGAAACACAUCUUGACAAAACCAUAUCAACAGCAGAAAUAUUAGACCCAGAACAAUAUGAGAUAGUUCGUAAAGACCGAAUAACUGAAAAAGGUCAUGAAGGCGGCGGCAUAAUUAAUGCUGUACGUAAGAACAUUGUAUGCAACGGAGAAGACACACUAGACACUAACUGUGAAAUAGGAUGGACAAAGAUACAACUGAAAGGCUGUAAAGCCCUCUACACUGGCUGUUAUUAUCGUAAACCAGAUAAUGAACCUACACCAUUACAGAACUUGAAUACUUCAAUUAGUAGAUUAACGCAUUAUAAUACUCUGCCUAACAUAAUACUUACUAGAGACUUCAAUUUACCAGAAGACUCAAAUGGAGGAUACGCCAUCAAAUCAAGCCAUAACUAUUCCAUCGAAAUAAAUAAACUAGCAUUAGACAUUGUUGAGGAACACUGCUUGCAACAACGUGUCACAGAACCAACCAGGGAAAAGAAAAUUCUAGAUCUUGUUCUCACAACUAAUGAAAAUCUAGUACAGAAAAUGAGCAUUACUGAUGGAAUGAGUGAUCAUCAGAUGAUAAUUAGAACUGCCAAUGCAAGACCAAAGGUAAUUAAGAACAAGCACAGAAAAGUCUAUCAAUAUAAGAAGGGAAAUAUGGAAAAAGUUCAAGAAUAUUUGAACAGCAAAUAUGAAAACUUCAAGGAGAAGUUAACAGAAAUGAACAUCGAAGAGUACUGGACUCUAUUUAAAACUCACCUUUUUCAAGCAAUGGACCUACAUAUACCAUCCAAAAAUCUGACAUCGAGAUUUAACUUACCUUGGGUGAAUCAACACAUCAAGAAGAUGAUACGUAAAGAAGAACGACUAUAUAAAGUUGCAAAGAAAUACCAAACUAAAGAGCACUGGGAUAAAUUCAAGCAAUAUAGAAAAGCAGUAAAGACAGAACUUGAUAUAUCACAUAAGAAGUAUAUAUUUGAUAUGUUAGAAGUAAGUCCAUCAACAUCAGAAGCUUCAACAAACACACAAGACCAAUACAGAAUAGGGAAAAAGUACUGGAAAUACAUCAAAUCUAAAAAGAGAGAAACAGUGGGAGUAUCAACACUCAAAGUUAAUGGAGGAAUAUUAGACAACAGCAAAGGAAAAGCAGAAGCACUUAAUGCACAAUUUCAAUCAGUAUUCACGAUUGAAGACUUUCAAAGCUUCCCUAAGAUAACUGAAAAUGAAACAUCAAAAAUACCAAGUCUACACAUUAGUACAGAAGGGUUAAUCAAACUAUUAAAGGGAGUGAACCCAAGCAAGGCAAAUGGUCCAGACAAUAUAUCGUGUAGAAUAUUGAAAGAGUGUGCAGAGUCAAUAUCACCAUAUUUACAGUUAAUCUUCACCAAAACACUAAAAGAUCAAAGUGUACAACAAGACUGGCUUAUUGCAAAUGUCAUCGCACUAUUCAAGAAAGGGGAUAAGAGUCAACCAGUCAACUAUCGACCAGUAUCCUUGACAUCAGUUCCAUGUAAAAUAAUGGAACAUAUUAUAUUUAAACACAUAAUGAACCAUCUGAGAAGUAUACUAUACUUGUGGACUUCCAGCAUGGCUUCAGAAGCAAAAGAUCGUGUGAGUCACAACUAG